AUGGCGGCAGGAACCAUCACGCUCGUCGUUCAGCCAAGGGGAAAACCCAUCCGCAAGCUGCCCAAGGAAGUUGAGAUCUCUCUCAAUGCCAGCAGCGAGGAAUUGUACACUGCUUUCUCCGCAGCAUCCGGCUUCUCAGUCCACCGGUUGAGAAUCACAAAGGGCAGCGACGGCAGCGUAGUCCCCAACUCGAACACCACCACUAUCGAUGACAUUGGUCUGCGCGAAUCGAGCGUGAUUCACGUCAAGGAUCUCGGUCCCCAAAUUGCCUGGCGCACAGUCUUCAUCAUCGAAUAUCUAGGCCCACUCCUAAUCCCCGCUCUGUUCCUCUUCCCGCUCCGACCUCUGCUAUACUUCAACUUCGACAAGGUCCCCGCUCCCUCCGACACCCAGCUCCUCGUCUGCGCCCUUCUCAGCGUACACUUCCUCAAGCGUGAGUUCGAGACGAUCUUCGUGCAUCGCUUCAGCAGCGCCACCAUGCCCGCCCGCAACAUCGUCAAGAACAGCGCCCACUACUGGGUUCUGGCCGGUUUCAACAUCGCCUACUGGGUGUUCCGCCCGGAUGCCACUGCCGCAACCAGCAACCCAAACAAAGCGCUUGUGUAUGCUGGUCUGGCAAUCUUUGUCUUUGGUGAGCUGGCGAACCUGAACGCGCACUAUAUCCUGCGUGGUCUGCGCCGCCCUGGUACCACCGACCGUGGCAUUCCGUCUGGGUUUGGCUUCAGUCUUGUUACUUGCCCUAACUACUUCUUUGAAAUUCUCGCUUGGUUGGGUGUCUUCUUGGUCAGCCAGUUGAACUGGAGUGUGCUGUUCUUCACGUUUGUUGGCGGUGCGCAGAUGUGGAGCUGGGCCUGGAAGAAGGAGAAGCGGUAUCGCAAGGAGUUCGGUGAUAAGUACAAGAAGAAGCGGGCUGUCAUCUUCCCUGGUCUCGCUUAG